GAUAGUUGACAAGACUCGGCAUCUCUUUCUACUCCACAAACAUGUCCCCCACCUCCACACUAACCACUCAAACACUGGCAGCAAGCUGGCAGCGAAAUGGGACCAUUGAUCUAAUUAACAAGGAACUCCCUCCAAUUGCACCUGGUCAAGUUCUUGUGAAGGUCGCAGCGUCUGGUUUGUGCGGUACUGAUCUGCACAUAUGCAGAGGCGAAACUCCUCAUGCUGCUCAAAAAGUUAUUAUAGGGCACGAAUUGUCUGGCUAUGUUCAUGCCAUUGGUGAAAAUACUGUGACUGGUCUCAAAGUCGGCGAUCUGGUUGCGGUGGAUCCCAACAUUCACUGUCACGCUUGUACCUACUGUCGAAACGCCAAACCUCAUCUUUGCCAGGCUCCUCAAGCUAUUGGAGUUACCACCGACGGUGGUAUGUCACAGUAUGUGAAUGUCCCGGUCAGUGCUGCAUAUAAAGUCCCCGAAGGUGUUUCAGCAGAAGUUGCAAGCUUGGCUGAACCGCUGUCCUGUGUCGUCCAUGCCGUUGACAUGGGCAACAUUACAAGUGGAUCCCAUGUCAUUGUUUUGGGAGCUGGUCCCAUUGGCACUAUGACAGUUGCACUGGCCGUUAGUAGCGGUGCUCGCGUUACUGUCGUCGAUCCUCACGAGUCCAGACGUAAAGUCGCCAAAGAAACUUUUGGUGCUGCAGUCACAUUAACACCCGAACAAGCCAAGGACAUCAAGGAAAGCUUUGACGUUGUAUUUGAAUGUGUAGGAAAGCCAGAUGCAAUGCAGCAAGCUGUCGAUAUGGCCAAGGCAGGCGGUACCAUCGUAUGGGUCGGUGUGGCCAAAACUGAAGACAGAGUGUCAAUUUCACCUUUUGAAGUCUACCGACGUGAAUUGACCAUCAGAUCAAGCUACACAAACCAUUUCUCCAUGGAACGCGCUCUCAAUUUGCUGGCAAAUGACCAAAUCGACUGGAGUCAACUCAUUUCUCAUACCUAUUCGUUAGAGCAGUUUGAUACUGCCUGGAAGGUAUUCCAAAGCAAGACUGGCAUGAAAAUCUGUGUAAAGCCUUGAAGCGAUCUUCAAUAUACUUGUGAUAAAUGACAAUUGAAAAACAAAUAUGUAGUAUCUUGAUAAUGGAUAUAUGUGGAUGGACUUCUAGAGAAUUGGUAUGUAGCGAAUAAUGAAAUCUCUAUGUGUUAUCUCAAUUAGAUGGCUCGAGAUAAAUUUUUGUUGGAAAAGGCAACUGCCAAAAUUGUUACAAACCGUUUGAUCAUGCUCUUAAGUCAUAUAAAAUCUGUCGUUAU